GUUUUGAUAAGGAUAAAAAAGAGCGUGGCCUGAGAAAAUUUGCACAAUUAACUAAAAAAGCGCCACAAUACACUAAAAAAACGCUGCAAAGUGUGUGGAAUGCUGUGCCGCGUAAAGUGUACAACAUUUUAAGCGCAUCAAGCGCUUACGUGGACCGCAACGUGUUGCCCACUGGCAAAGGCAGCGCAGCCAAAAAUUACCAGACAGCUAAAAUAACAAACCGAGCGACGGGGUGCAAAUGGCUGCGACUUGUAUAACGCUUGCAUUUACUUGCUGAAUGGGAAGACAAUAAAUUGAACAUCGCUGGAAGCGCGCAUGCAUUAACAUUUAUCUCGAAUACCUCAGAACGCAAGCAGAAAGAAAACGACAAAAAGAAAAGGCCGUAAGAUGCAUUUGAAUCAUGCAACGGCUGCCACAGCUGCUAUGGCCAACUAUCAACACUAUGCGCCCGCACAGCUUGCCACGCACGGUCUAGGCGGCGGGGGCGGUGGCGGAGGCAAUGCUGGCGGUGGCAAUGGCCAACAGCUGCAGCAGCCCACAACAAUAGCGCAGCUGCAGCAAAGUCCCUUUGCGCUGCAUCAACUAACUGCCGUACAGGCCAUACAACAUCCCACCCAUCAAGCCAUGCUGCAUCCACAACAUCCGCUGGUGCACUUGCUGGACAUCUCCACCACAACGAAUAGCGGCGGCAAUCAUACGCCCAUAUCGCCCAUGAAGCAGGAGGUGCAGAGUGUCAUUAGCGAGGAUGAAACAGUGGUCGAUGAUCCGCGUAAGAAGAAACAAUGCCACGUCUGCAAAAACAAAUUCCGCCAAUUGACCACGUUACGCAAUCACAUGAAAAUCCAUACAGACGAGCGUCCCUACAAGUGCAAGCACUGCGACAAGGCAUUCCGCCAGAUAUCGACGUUAACGAACCACGUCAAGAUUCACACCGGCGAGAAGCCUUUCACCUGCAAUAUUUGCGCCAAGGACUUUCGCCAACAGAGCACGCUCAUCAAUCAUGUCAAGACGCAUAAGGCUGCCGAGUCGAGCACGCCUACGUCUCUGCUGAACUAUCAGCCGCCACCGUCCGGAUCUGGCAAGCUCAAAAUCAAGGGUCAGAAUCAGAUGCACAAUGCCUAUCAGCAGCAUCAACAGCAGCGUGUACAAAUCUCAAAGACUCUAUACUCGGGCAGCUACAGUUCGCCGCAGGCCGAGGAGCUGGUGAAACCGUAUCAGUGCAGUGUCUGCAAGCGACGCUUCCCACAGCUGAGCACGCUGCACAAUCACGAGCGGACACACAUCGAUCCCAAGCCGUACAAGUGUGAAACUUGUGACAAGUCCUUUAGCCAGCUGGCCACGCUGGCUAAUCACAAAAAGAUUCACACUGGGGAUAAGCCGUAUACGUGUUCCUACUGUCACAUGCAGUUCCGCCAGCAGAGCACGCUGACCAACCACAUGAAGACGCAUACGCAUCUAGCAAGCAGCCAGCAGCCAGGCACUGUCCAAGCCACAGGGGAUCACUCAACCAUGCCAGCGCCCUUAGCACCCGGUACACAGCAGCUGACGAGCGGGCUGCUGCCCAACAACCUGCACAACACAACACACAACCUGCUGCAGCUGGACCAUCAUCCGUUGCUGCACUUUCUCGAUGGGAGCACAACGGUCAGCUCUGUGGUUGCCGGCAAUGUGACCGUUGCAGCCAACACUAAACUGGAGAACUAUCAGACAUCGCCGCAGGCGCCACGCUUGAACGUGGGCAACAUCAAUAUGCUGAAGGGGGACAAUCCGGAUCGACCGUUUGGCUGCAGUGUAUGUAGACGCUUCUUUUCGCAGCAGAGCACGUUGGUUAAUCACAUCAAGACGCAUACGGGAGAGAAGCCUUACAAGUGCAAGAUCUGUGACGUUUGUUUCCGGCAAGUGGCGACGCUCAACAAUCAUAUGAAGAUCCAUACCGGAGAGAAGCCCUACAACUGUUCCUACUGCCCCAAGCAGUUUCGGCAAAAGAGCACAUUACAGAAUCAUCUGCGGGUGCACACCUGCUAGGCUCGAAGUCAACCACCAGCACCACCACCAGCCACACACUUAGUCCAAGCAGCAGCCAUUGAGGAUUAGUGCAAUAUGCAUAAGCACACACAUACACACACACACACACACACACACAUACAUAACAAGUUAUACAUAUAUAUACUGUAGUAUAUGCAGUUAGAGCCUAACUUUAUACACAGUUUCGAAACAUGCAUAAUAUAUAUACACAUUUGAAUAUAUACUCAACAAAACGUGUUAUUUACCUGCUGUGCAGAGCGCAAUUGUAUGUAAACUAUAGUAGAGAGCUGAUGAUCCACAUGCAUGUCCAAUUGUAAUAUAAGUCAGAACUGUAAUCGCAUGAAUAUACAUACAUACAUAUGCAUAUAGUAAUGACAGCAACAAAAACUGUGUAUACACACAUAAUACAGGGUGUUUAAACCUAUACUAAACUAAAACUCUUAACUCUAUGCUUAAUCCUACAUACAUUAGCUUCUUAACUGUUGUCGAAAUCCCCCCAAGAAAACCUAGAAACCAGUUUUAGUUUUUGAGUUACUAUGAUUCUCAAGCUACUCGUCGUGUUAAAUGUUAAGCUGCGUAUCCUAAAUCAACAACAACAUCUAUACCUAUACUAUAACUACCUACCUUCCCCCCACUCCUCCCUAUAAACAAAAACAACAAUUUUAAUGUAAGACGUAAUCAGAAAAAUGAAAAACUAUUUAAUUAAGUGUACUCUUAGCGCAUAUUUAGCAGCAUCUUUCACAUCCACACACGAUUCGAAAGCGUUAAUGAGCUUGAAUUAAUUAUUGGCACAGUCAGUGCCAAAAGUGCCGUUAGGUCGUGUUAUAAUCCCCGGAACGGAUUGCUUAUAGAACAAAAGUAAACAUUUAACAGAAUAGCUAACGCAGUGGGAAAAACUGUUAAGUAAUAAAAUUUGUAAAAGAUUGACAAAUGAAAUAAUUAAUAAAUAAUGAGUA